AGAGUAGGCUCACAUCCACCUGAUCAGCCAACAGACCAGCCACACCUCUCGCUUGGGGCGUGCAGCUACCCUGCUGCCCUCCCGUACAAUAACCUGGACAUCAUAACAAACCGCUGACAGUCUUUUAUUGUGGGCCAGAAUCAACGCUACUAUAAAGCCUGCUGUUUGUGAGUGCAUGCAGCAUAAUGGAGCAGGCGAAACCCCAAACGGAGAGCCACCUCCGCUUUCCUUUAGCGCAGAAGGUCCGCUCCAAAUGGCAACAUCACGGAUGAGGAGGUACGCGCAGGAGGGGCGGACGGUCCCUCAGCCGAGAGUGAUGGUGGUAUUUUCGGCUGCGAGUGACACAGAGAAACAGGGAAAUGCGAUGUCGGCCGCGGAUUUUAUGGAGGAGGAGUAUCGCAAACCAGCCAUACCUGUCCCUAAUCUUAACCUAGGGAAGUCCCUGGACACCUUAGAUGCACCUGAGGAGUUUCCUGAGGUCAUCCCUCUGAAUGUAGGAGGAACAUACUUCACCACACGGCUGUCCACCCUGCGGCGUUAUGAGGACACUAUGCUGGCUGCCAUGUUUAGUGGCCGCCACCAGAUACCGCGGGAUGCAGAGGGUCGAUAUUUCAUCGACCGAGAUGGAGCUUAUUUUGGGUCAGUGUAUAGAUUAGUUAAUAUCUGA